AGCUGAAUAAAGAAUUUGCUAACGUUGGGUUUAUAAAUUCAAAAUGGCAAUUUUGUAUCUUGUGUGAAGUUAGUUUAAUUAUUUCAGCGCGAAUGAUACAUAAUUCAUAACUAAAUUUCGUACAAAAGAUAUAUUUAUACGCCUAACGUAAUUGUUAAUUGUACUAAAUAAUAAGAAAUAUCAAUUUACUAAUAGAAAAGCAAAAGUUUGUUAAUAAAAAAUGCCGCGUACGAAGGUAUCCAAGUCUAUCAAACGCUUUCGUGAAACGUCAAGUUGUGAAGAAAAAUUGCGGGAAUUUGAAGCAUCUUUUGAUGGCUAUAUGUAUGCUCUAGAAAAUACAGGAAAAUCGCAAAUUAAAGCAAUUGAAGAUAAGUUUUAUAUGUUACUAGUGGGCACCGAUGCACGUUUCCUUCAUUUGCUAAUGGGAGAUGUAUUGUCAAUGAAUCUAAGUAAUUAUGAUGAUUAUAUGGCGGUAAAGAACAGCACAGGACUCAAACAAAGCUCUGGAAAGCAAUUAAACCCAAACGAUGAAGGUUACCUUACAGAGGAUAGCACAAAUGGUGGCAGCACCGUAGGUGUAUCAUCAUCAAUUUUGAAUGUAUACAGUCAGUCAUCCAUUAAACAACAACAACAACAGCGUGGCCGUACUCCAGGGCCACUAAGUUCAGCUAGAGCACGUCGCCCUCGACGAAGCCGUUCAGCUUGCGAAGAUUUAGUGCCCGUGUCCACAAUAAAGUCAUCAAGCUCUUCUGCCGUUAUGGAUAACCGCAUGUCACGGAGUAAAAUGAGAACUCCAACCGCUACUCGCUCCAAGGCUUUCAGUGCUGAUCGUUCAUCACAAUUUUGUGCACAACAGUUCUCUUCGACAACGUCGGUGUCAUCACCGGCAGCAGCAUUUUUACGAUGGCCGAAACCUGGUGAGGUGGUAUUGUCCAAAUGUGGAAGUCCAGUAGUGGCGCAUGUCAUGCCUGAUAAAUUUGCAAACGUGAAUAUACCUACCAAAAAUGGCGUGUUUUCGUUACGACCCAAGAAGCUGGAGGAAUUAAAAUCAGACAUCAUCGAUGCUAUCGACCCAGACACGCUUAAUCAAAUCAGAACAUUACAUGAUAACUUAAAUUUGAUCAUGAAAAUGGCUGACGGCGCUUCAUCAAAAUAGUACAUAAUUAAUCGAAUAUUAUCUAUUCAUUUCAUUCUAUAGUAUUACUUACUUUCUCAGCUAAAUAUAAUUAAAUAACAUUAUAAUUUACUUAAUUUAUCACAUUUCACACAGAAAUAUUCCUUUUGUAAUGAAAUUGAUGUUUAUAUCAAACAGAUGUGGAAUUUUGUAGACAUAUGUAUUGUAUACAACAAACUUUUGGCAAAUCAAAAGAACAAAAUUCAAAAGGAUUUCUAUCCUUAAUAGGCAAUUGUGAAUGAGAUAUGUAUGAAACAAGACUUUGUUUAUAUUCAAUAGAAAUGCGUUAGAAUCGAUAACAUUUUAUGAAACCAUUUAUUGUAUUUUUGUAGUAUUUGAUAAAUAAAGAAAUUAAUAUAAA